AUGAGCAACGCAAAGAAGCUCCAGAACAAGCUCUUCAGCGCUACCAAGCCUGCUCAGGACAGCCCCGAGCAGGCAGACGCUGGCACAUCCACCCCCAUCCCCGCCGAGUCCCUCAAGAUCAACAUCCCCGCCCCCCCUGGGGCCCAGGCCAACCUCCCCAAACGACAGGACGCCAACGAGGCUACCACACCAAAGGGCGGCAGCGAUACGGAUACUCCCGGGACGCAAGGUCAAGAGCACAAGUCGCUCAGAGAUCGUCUUCAUGCCCAGCUCGGACCCAAGUAUCACUCGGUGGAGGAACACCGGCUGCAGCAGUCUGACAAGUAUGAAGUGCAUUGGAAGAGGUGGGGCCCGUAUGUCAGUGAGCGACAGUGGGCGACAGUUAGGGAGGAUUACUCUGCGAAUGGGGACGCUUGGAACUCGUUCCCAUUUGAGCUUGCUAAUAGUAGGGCGUAUCGAUGGGGUGAGGAUGGUAUGGCCGGUAUCUCCGACAACCACCAGCGCCUGUGUUUCACCCUCGCCCUCUGGAACGGCAAAGACCCCAUCCUCAAGGAGCGUCUGUACGGCCUGAACGGCAACCAAGGCAACCACGGUGAAGACGUCAAGGAGAUCUACUACUACCUCGACUCUACCCCCACCCACUCGUACAUGAAGUACCUCUACAAGUAUCCCCAGGCGGAAUUCCCUUACGAGCAGCUCAAGGAGGAAAAUGCCAAUAGGAGCAAGGAAGUGUCCGAGUUUGAGUUGAUGGAUACGGAUGUCUUUGAUGAAGACAGGUACUGGGAUGUCUAUGUCGAGUAUGCCAAAGACGAAGAGGACGCCGACGCCCUUUCCGUCCGAAUCACAGCCUACAACCGCGGUCCCGACCCUGCCGACUUGCACAUCCUCCCCCAGCUCUUCUUCCGAAACACCUGGUCCUGGCCAAAGGAGCUUCCCAAGCACAUGCCCAACCUGAGGCAAGAAGCCGACGGUGUGAUUCACGCCGACCACGAGACGCUUGGAAAGACUAGGUUGUAUGCGACGCCGAGUCCUGCGCCUGCUGCGCCGGUCAAGGGCGGUGUGGUGUUGGUUGAUGGGCCGAGUGUUGUGCCCGACUUGUUGUUUACCAACAAUGAGACCAACUUUGAGCGUCUCUACAAUGGCAAGAACCGAACACCUUGGGUCAAGGAUGCUUUCCACGACCACCUCAUCCCCGGCCACCGACCUCCUGAGCCCGAGCCGGAACACACUACCCCCGGUGCUCUCCCCGUCAAGAAGUCUCCCUCUGGCAAAUCUCACAAACUCCCUCCCCACCACUCCCAAGCCGACCUUUCCGAGGACGCCGACGAGGGUGCCGAGGAGAACGAGGAAGGAGGAGAGGACGACGGGUCUUCCGGCCCUGCCCCCGCCGCCGAAGCCGCCCCCAGGCCCGUCUCGGGCGGCCACCGCCAAUUCGUCAACCCCGACAAAGAAGGCACCAAAGCCGCCGCCCACUACUUUUUCAAAGACGUGCCCGCCAACGGCGGCUGCGUCGUCGUCCGUCUCAAGAUGACGCCCAACACCCCCGAAGAAGACCCUACUAUCCUGGACGAAGAGCUCUUUGAUGAGAAUCUUGAGGACAGGAGGGUGGAUGCGGAUGAGUUUUAUGGGAGGAUCGCUAAAGGUGGUAUUUCGGAUGAUUUGAGGAAUAUUAUGAGGCAGGCGUUGAGUGGUAUGCUUUGGACGAAGCAGUAUUAUCAGUAUAUCCAGAAGGAGUGGAUGGAUGGUGAUCCUGGGCAGCCGCCUCCCCCGCCCGAGAGAAAGUGGGUUAGAAACAGGGAAUGGAAGCAUAUGUAUAUCAACGACAUUCUUUCCAUGCCCGACAAGUGGGAGUAUCCUUGGUUCGCCACUUGGGAUACUGCCUUCCACUGCAUCCCCUUGGCCAUGGUCGACCCCAGCUUUGCCAAAAAGCAGCUCGACUUGAUGACGAGGGAGUGGUAUAUGAAGCCCGACGGUGCUCUUCCCGCGUACGAGUGGAACUUUAGCGAUGUCAACCCUCCUGUCCACGCUUGGGCUACGUUCCGAGUGUUCAAGAUUGAGAGAAAGAUGUUUGGUAGGGAGGAUCUUGAUUUCUUGGAGAGAGUUUUCCAGAAGUUGUUGCUCAACUUUACAUGGUGGGUCAACCGUAAGGACGCUGACGGCAACAACGUCUUUGAAGGCGGUUUCCUCGGUCUCGAUAACAUUGGUCCCUUCAACCGAUCCGAGCCCCUCCCCACCGGCGGCAACCUUCGUCAAGCCGACGGUACCGCCUGGAUGGCCUUCUUCUGCCUCAACAUGCUUUCCAUCGCCCUCGAGCUCGCCAAGCACAACCCCACCUACGAAGACAUUGCUUCCAAGUUCUUUGAACACUUCCUCUUCAUCUCGGACGCCAUGACUUACCCGUCUUCCAAUGACGAGCAGCUGUCGUUGUGGAAUGAGGAAGAUGGAUUCUACUAUGAUGCCAUCCAGUGGGGUUACGGGCACUCGCAGCAGUUGCCGGUGAGGAGUAUGGUGGGGCUCAUGCCGCUCUAUGCGACCUUGGUAUUGGAGCCGAGUGUCAUCAAGAGGUUCCCCGGGUUCAAGAAAAGGAUGGACUGGUUCAUUGAGAACAGGCCGGAUAUCUCUGAGAGGAACGUGGCAAGUUUGAAGACUCCUGGACGGGGCGACCGUACGCUGUUGGCGCUGGCUUCAAAGGAGAGGUUGGUGAGGAUCCUCGAGAGGAUGUUGGACGAGAAAGAGUUCCUCUCCGAGUACGGUGUCCGAUCAAUGUCUCUCUACCACCACGACAAUCCCUUCUCCAUGAACGUCAACGGCGAAGAAUUCGGCGUCGGCUACUGGCCUGGGGACUCCAAGUCUGGCAUGUUUGGCGGCAAUUCCAACUGGCGAGGUCCCAUCUGGUUCGCCGUCAACUUCCUCCUCAUCGAGUCUCUCCAGCGAUUCCACCAGUACUAUGGCGACACCCUCCAAGUCGAGUGUCCCGUUGGCAGUGGAGACUACAUGAACCUCGCCGCGUGUGCGGAAGAGAUCCAGCACCGCCUCAUUCACAUCUUUUCGCGAGACGAGUACGGCGUCCGGGCUGUCAAUGGCGGUAACCCGAAGCUCAACCGAGACCCUCACUUCCGGGACAAUGUCCACUUUUACGAGUUCUUCCAUGGGAAUGAUGGACGAGGUUUGGGCGCGAGUCAUCAGACGGGGUGGACGGGGUUGGUGGCUUGGAGUAUUAUGCAGACGGGCGAGUACUGUAGGCUGCCCAAGACGCCUAAGACUCCGAGGUCUGUGGCCAAGCACUACUUUGACGAGCAGAUCAAUACCCCAAGCGAGUACGCCGGCGAAGACGGUACUCCCUUCUCGGCCUUCUCGACCCGCUCAGACUAUGAGCCUGAGCCUGAUGAGCUUUAA